CGUAGGCGCAGCACAUAAGCAACCCCAACAACAAAAACGCAGAGCAGCAAAAGAAAGAGGAGAGGAAGCGAAGAAUUUCUUCACUAAAACUUCAGUGUUUGUCGAAUUUGGUGCUUUUGGCACCCUCCACGUAAGUAGUUUUUCUACUAUGUCUGGUGCAAAAAGAAGUGCCAACAACAGCGGUUCCAAGCGGAGCCUGCCAUCAUGGACGUGUUCAAAGGAGAACGAGGGCGAAAACAGUGAAAAGAAACAAACUUUCGACGGCAAAGGUGAGAAAUUCAAUGAGGGUGAGGCACCCGAGAUGGGCAAAGUCCAAAAUGAGAAUGGUGGAAAAUCUUCUGCCUCAAGUUUGGAGUUUAGAAGCUUCAACAAACUUCUGGAAGGGGUGGUUUUUGUGCUCUCAGGGUUUGUGAAUCCGGAGAGGGGCAUGUUGAGGUCACGAGCAAUGGAAAUGGGGGCACAAUAUCAGCCUGAUUGGAACUCUGAUUGCACUCUCUUGGUUUGUGCAUUUCCAAACACCCCUAAGUUUAGACAAGUUGAAGCUGAUUGUGGAACCAUUGUAUCCAAGGAUUGGAUAAUAGAUUGUUACACCCAGAGGAAGCUGAUUGAAAUUGACAAUUACCUUCUUCAUGCUGGGAAACCAUGGCGUAAUGGAAAUGUUUCAGGAGAAGUCAAUGAAGAUAAAAAACCAUCUGUACCCAAAAAGUCACCAAAGCGUGUCGAUAGAGAACAGCCUUCAAAGUCAACCGCCUCCAUUAAAUCAAAGGGAAAAGGCAUUGAUAUUUCUAGGAAAUGCUUUGAGCCUUCGGAAGUGAAGGAGUGGGCCAUUGAUGACUUGAAUAAAACAAUUCAGUGGCUGGAAAGUCAAGAAGAAAAGCCAGAUCCAAGUGAGGUGACAAAAAUAGCCGCAGAGGGAAUUCUUACUUGUUUGCAAGAUGCAAUUCGUUCUCUAGAGGAAAAACAGGAUAUCCGUAAAGGAACUGAGGACUGGAUGUUCUUGCCUCGUGUAGUUGAGGAGCUUGCAAAGUUAGAUGUAGUUGGAAACAAGAAAACUUUGUUGUCAAAGGAAGAUAUUCACAGGCAGGCUUUGGAUUGCAAGCGAAUUUACGAGGAGGAACUAAGUAGUUUAGAUCAUCAAAGGAAGAAAAAUUCAAAGGUAAAUAAAGAACAGACAAGCAAACCUGGAAGAACAAAUGCCAUGUCUUCUGGUGCAGUUGAGUAUGAUAGUGAUGAUACAAUUGAGAUGACGGAACAAGAAAUAGACCUUGCAUAUAAAACUUUGUCCUCUAACAUCGGCCACUUGUGAAUUCUGAUUGAACUUGUUUCUUUUGGGAAGAAAAGGAGUUGAUUUGGUUUAGCUAGACUUUUCUUUGAAUAUUCUACUGUGUAUAUCACAAAGUCUUUGUUAUUGUUAGCCUUAGAUGUUCUCCUGUU